GUUUGAUGUUAUCAAUAUUAAAAAUUUAAUUGAUUUAGAUGUCCUGUACAGACUUUAUUUGUCAAUAAUACUUCCUAUUUUUGAAGGCUAUAAUGAGCCAGCCUCCACGACCUAAUGUUGAUACGUAUGGAUUUGAAUGGCCAAAAGACUUCAACCAUGAACAGUACGAUGAGUUCAUGUCGAAAUACGUAACAGUAUUAAGUCGGAGGGCUAAAAAAUGGGACAGAUUACUAAAUUCCAAGGAAGGAUUUCGUAAAAGCAAUAAAGUGAAAAGAUAUGUAAGGAAAGGUAUUCCUGGUGGUCAAAGAGCUGUGAUAUGGUCAAUCAUUAGUGGUGCUAAGGAAAUGAAAGAGCAAGACCCAAAUCUGUAUUCAACACUUUUAAAGACUCCCAUGAGACAAGAUUUUAUUGAAACAAUAAAUUUAGAUAUCCCACGAACAUUUCCUGAUAAUAUUUAUUUUAAAUGCUCUUCAAGUGAUUCAAAACAACAGCCAUUAAAAAAUGUGUUGCUGGCUUUUGCUCAUCAAAAUCCUACUAUUGGGUAUUGUCAGGGACUGAAUUUCAUUGCUGGAAUCAUGUUACUGGUUACUGAUAGUGAAGACAUGACUUUCUGGCUACUGCAAAGUCUUAAAGAAAAGAUUUUACCGGAUUACUAUACCAAAGAAAUGACUGGGCUUUUAACUGAUAUUGGGGUGCUUGAAGAGUUGAUUAAAGAAAAAGUUCCGCAAGUUCAUGAAAGAAUGGUACAGACUGGAGUGUCUUGGUCUAUGUAUGUCAGCAAAUGGUUUAUUUGUUUAUUUGCUGAAGUUUUACCAAUUGAAACUGUUCUACGCAUAUGGGACUGCUUGUUUUAUGAAGGAUCCAAAAUAUUACUCCGUGUUGCUGUUACUCUUGUUAUAAAAAAUCGAGAUAAGAUAUUAGCUGCCAAAAAUUUCGUUGAAAUAACUGAAGUCUUUAAAUCUCUUCCACAAAGUGCUACUGUCACAGAAUGCCAUACUUUUAUGCAGGCUAUAUUCAGAUUACCUGGUUCUUUUCCAAAAGCCCAUAUUUUAAAACUUCGUGAGUACUGUCGUCAGCUUGUUGAGAAAGAGCAAGAACACACAAAAAUACUACAGCAACAACAACGACAAAAGCAAGCAGAGGAAAAGCAGGCUCGAGAAGCUGCGUUGGAGUUAAAGAGGCAGAAUGAAGAAAAAGAGGCUGCAUUGUUAGCAGAACAGGAAAAACUCAAGCAGGAAGAAUCCGCAGAAGAAGAGAACAAAGAAAAUAGCAUCAGCAUUGAAGGUGGUGCUUCCCAAAUGCCUACCAGUAAUAACAUCUCUCCAUCUAAAGCUAUGCCCAAUGUGAAUGGAGAUAUGAACGUUACUAUUGUCAACCAGGAAGCAGAACAGCAUACAAAUGAAGAUAGUCAAUCAUCUGAUUCUGUUCAGAAUCUAAAGGAAUCUGUGAUAGCUUCUCUCAGCUUCGAUUCACCGAAGCAGGUGGCUAACGGGAAACAAGCUCACUAUUCAGAAAAAGUAUCUGAGUCACCAAGUAAUAAUCCUGAACCUCAUGUGUAA